AUGAUUGACCGGUUUUUAUGUGGUGCUGUCAACAGUCUCGCCAUCGCGUUACUUCUCUGGAUAGAGGGUGUCCUCGCUGGAGGCUUCACUUUUCCAACAGAAGCACAACAUCGGUUUAUCGUUGGGGAUCAGAUCAACGUAACCUGGGAUGUUGUCACGCCGCGGAUAUCCUUAUAUGAAGCGUGUGGGAUACAACGGUGGAUUCUUGCCUUGAAUGUUGUGAAUAACCACAGCUAUGUCUGGACCGCGAAUCGAGAUGUCUAUAGGGAGUCCGGCUGCAACUUCGAGCUGGAGUCUUUGAGUUCUCAGGGUGAACCUGAUGGCAAAGCCAAUGCAACAAGCAUUGUCUUUGGGGUUGCAAAGAGGUACCACGAUGAUCCGUCGCCGACCUCCUACCACUUUGCCAGUACCCCGGCCACAUCUUCGACUGGCACUUCAACCACGGCGACAGCCUCGACCGAGGGAACAGGUGUAGCUACAGCCACGGACGUGUCUGCUGAGACCCCAUCUCCUGAAUCGAGCAAUGGCGGGCUUUCCUCGGCCGAAAAAAUCGGUAUAGGCUUAGGGAUUCCAUUGGCCUUUCUCCUGAUGGCCCUUGGUGUAGGAUCAUUUAGAUAUGUUCGACGGAAAAGAUUACGAGGAACCUCACCGGAAGCUACCGAGUCGGUGUGGCAUUCAGAUACUGCUACUCUACCUGGCGGGUUUGUGGAUGGAAGUAAUGCGUCAAAGAAUAUGCGUGGAUCUCACACAGACACGAUUAUCUCAGAGCUGUCAUCGGAGAACUACAGGACGCGAGAUGAAAGGCAGACCAAUGAGAUUACGAGAAAGCCAAACAUGAGAUAUUCAUACCAUUUCCACCAGCCUCCCCAUGCCUGGGAGGUGGAUAUGUCUGUGCUAGAGGAUCAUCCUUUCUUUGCUCACCACCAUCCUCCUCGGUAUGAGGACCUCUUUGAAAUGAGACAUGGGAAGCAUCUUAAAAAGGAUAAGAUGCAUAAGGGAGGACACGCUAUGAGGGAUGAUGACUUCCCUGGAAAGUCCAGACUCGGGUUCGGUGGUCGUGGAGGUCGUCACCAUCCUCAUCACCACCACCCCCCGUAUGCAUUUGGGUUCGGUGGCCAUCAUGGCCAUGGGAAAUUUCACCCACAUCGCCAUGGACAUGGACAUAACUAUGACCCGGACCACGAGUCCGAACAUGCUUUCAACCCAUGGACUAAACAUGACAGAUCAGGCCCCAGCCACCCUGGCUUCCACCACAAACAAGGCGGGCCAGGUCCCCACGCCCACUCCCGGGGAAAGUUCCACCGAGGAGGGCUAGGACAUGGACGAGGCCCAGUAAACAGACACAUAAAGGGAAAAGGAUUCCAUCAUGUUAACAGCUUGCACCACAUGCACCCUCUCAUGCGUGCACAUCGUCACUACUCACCAGACACAGCCAGUUUCGCGCCUCCAGUGGACGUCUUCGUUACCGCUACCCAGACUGUUGUCCAUGCGUCGCUCCCAGGAGCUCAAAAGUCAGAUGUGAGUGUUGGAUACGAUGCCUCGCGCUCGAUGCUUCGUAUUGCUGGUGUUGUGCAUCGCCCUGGUGUGGACGAGGAAAUGCAUCGGACUUUGUUGGUUGGCGAGAGAGGACGUCAUUUGGGGGUGUUUGAGAGGGAGAUUCCGGUUUCUCAUGGGGUGGUAGUUGACGGGGUUCAGGCUCGACUGGAAGAUGGUGUUUUGAAGGUUGUAUUGCCCAGGGUUGAGGGGGAGGAAGUUCAACAUGGGAGUGAGGUGGAGGUGGAGAUGGUGAAUUCUGACAGGGAGUUGUCGACUCCAGAUGGGUCUCAAACUGAAGGAGAGGAUGAAGAAGAACAUGAGGGUGAGGAUGAGGAGGCUGAGAAGGAGUUUGUUAAGGUGGAUAUUCAGUGA